AUGAAGAAUCGGUGGGUGCUGACGACGAAGUACCACAUCGACGACACCGUCGAGCGCGAGAAGGUGAGGCUGGUCGUGAAGGGCUUCACCCAGGUGUAUGGCACCAACUACGACGAGACGUACGCGCCGGUGAGCAGCUACGUCACGCUGAGGAUCUUCCUCAGCAUCGUCGCCGUCCUCGACCUGAACCUGAUGCAGCUCGACAUGAAGAAGCUCGACCGGUCGGCUAAAGGCGACGGAGUGGCCUGGUGGGUGCUGGUCUACGUGGACGACCUGCUCGCCGCCAGCAGCAGCACCGCAAUGCUGAAGGAGCUAAAGGAGCUGCUGGAGGCCGCCUUCGAGCUGCACGAGAUCUCGCCGGUGCAGAAGUACCUCGGGCUGGAGAUCGUGCGUGACAGGUCGGCGAGGAAGCUGUGGCUGCACCAACAGGGCUACGUCGGCAAGCUGCGUAGGCGUUUCAUCGACGAGGAGCAGGGCGGUCGGACCCCAAAGACGCCGGUCUCAGUCGCCGCCUACGCCGAGCUCACCUUUGACGACGAGGAGGUACAGGAGCAACAGGAGGAGGAGUACCGACAGAAGGUCGGCUCGCUGCAGUUCGCGGCGACGACGACGAGGCUGGACAUCGCCUUCGCCAGCAGCAUGCUGGGCAGCAGCCUCACGGUGAGGAGCGACCAGCACUGGCGCGAGGUCAACCGCUGCCUCGCCUACCUCGCCAACACGCGUGACACCGCCCUGGAGUUCGGCGGUGGACCUGAGUCGCUGGAGCUGGUCGGCUACGUGGAUGCCGACGAUGCCGGUGACAAGCAGAGCAGGACGAGCACGGGCGGCUAUGUGUUCGUCUACGGAGGGGCCGCGGUCUCCUGGUCGAGCCAGCGCAUCAAGUGCGCGACACUGUCGUCGACCGAGUCGGAGUACGUGGCGGCCGUCGAAGCUGGCAAGGAGGGACUCGCAGAGUUCCAGCGGCUGGAUGCUGGGAAACCGACCGUCCUUCGGGUGGACAACAAGUCGGCCAUCACAGUCGCCGAGGGCAUGGGGUUGACGGGCAACCUCAAGCACAUGGAGCGGCGACAGGCCUGGCUGCAACACAUGGUGAAGCGGGGGAAGUUUGCGCUGCAGUACAUCCCGACCGCUGAGCAGCCGGCCGACUUUCUGACGAAGGCGCUGCACUACCCGGCCUUCAACCGGUGCUCUCUCGCAGUCGGCCAGGUGCGCCUUUCUGAGGUGGGCGACGGCGACAACGACGUGCAGCAGUAG